AUGAGCCAAUAUCACGUCGAUGACGUAUCUCAGUUUAUGGAGCACGAACCAUGGGAACCGAACUCGGAUUACGCCCCAACCCCUGGCCACUACGGCAGCCCCUACGGCGCGUUUUCUACAUUCAGCCCCUCUCCGUCUAAUCAACGUGAGAGUGGUAUCGACCUGACGAGUAACUCUGACACACACCCGCUCAGAUUUCUACCGCUCUGUGAGUGGCAAGAUGGAAAAAGCUACGAUGAGGAAGCGCCAUCAUGUAUCCACUAUCGUAUAGAGUGGCGAGUGACAGUCAAUAAUAGAGAGGUAUCAGCAGACACGGAGGAAGAUGUCUUUUUGGCACCUAGUGCCUUCUGGCAGCUGUUAUUGGAGAAAAAGCUAGAAAAAGCUUUGCGGCGAAAGGCUGCCCGCCAUCGCCGAUUGAGACCUGAUGAUACGGUCAUCGUCGUAUCAACAAGCGAUCGUACCAAACGCAAACUGACAAAAAGAUUUGACGACACUGAAAUAAAUUGGACUGUCAUUGAGAAGCAGCUUUUGAUGUGGUCAGAUGUCUUCUCCCGCGGUAAGGAGCUUAUGGUGAAGAUCAGUUUCAACUACAUAAACGAUCGCUCUUCCCCACCCGUUGGUCAAAAGGGAGACAAAAGGGAGACAAAAGGGGGAAAUCAUCUGUCACGCAGAGAAUGCUUUGCGAACGAGACGCACAACUUCAUGCGGAGGAGGGUGCUUCUGGUGAAAAACCAAUCUGGAGCAGCGUUUAUAGGUUGA